AUGGAAGAAGACCUGGGCGCCGAGAUAAAAGGCGCUCACUUCAGGGAGGCCAUGAAGUUCGCCCGCAGGAGCGUGAGCGACGCCGACAUCAGGAAGUACCAGCUCUUCGCCCAGACCCUGCAGCAGUCUCGUGGCACCGAUUCGGAGUUCCGCUUUCCGGAGCGCCGCCGCGAGUACCCAGAACCAGGGAUGUCUAAUCCCUUAUCUUCACCAGCUGCCGGAGGAGAAGGCGACGACGAAGGGCCCUCCCCUCUCUGCAACCACCCGCCGGUGAUUGGCCUCUCCAGUAAAAACAGUCGCGGUCUAAUCAUCCCCUACGGCGGCCCCCACCUGCAUUACGUGUUUUCAGUCAUGCCUAAGAGAAGACGGCAAGCGGGUCGUCGCCAUCUGCAUGCAUGGCUGCUGGAUAGGGGACGAGAGGAAGAGGACGAAGAUGAGUAUUCUUUAUAUUCACUAUUUCUCUUCUUUUCUUCCAAAUUUACAAGCUUCUCCCACGCUGUGGUCUACAAAUAA